CAAUUGAUGAGUUAACAAGCUCUUACAAUCAAAGAUUGCACAUGGAAGAGGAUAUAAAUAAUGAAUUAUUUUCUGAAAAUAAUAUACAAAACACAAAUCCAGACUUUGAAGAUGCAGACCAUAUUAUAUCUCUACCUGGAAUUGAUAAUCAAUUGCAAAAAAGGAUAUUAGAUGAUGACUUGGAUCUCCUCAUGUUUACUGACAAUUUGGCUGGUCAAAAUAAUGUUAUGUUGUACCUACAGAAUGAAGAAAAUGUUGUAGAGGAUACGAAUGAUUUAAAAAAGAUCAGAACUACCACUAAUGAAGUUGAAGAUUUGCAAAUAAUUGGUUUUACAUUUAGAAAUCAAGACUUGUUUAUUCAAUUAAAUGAAGAAAAACAAUGUGCUAAAUCCACAAUGUAA